CAGGUCGCUGGUGUGGUGGCGAAACAUGACGCUGCUAAUCCUCUUCCUAGGCGUCGUGUUCAUCGCUGGCGUGGUCCUGGGGACGUUCGACCGGUACGUCUUCAAGACGCCAAAGUGGUUCCCGCCGAGCUUCCUGAACGCCCACAUCUCGCUGGGCCUGCUGACCGCCGUGUACACCCUUCGGACCUUCAGUGAAGACCAGCCGAUCUUCUGGCGGGAGUCCAGCCACGGCCUGAAUCGGCUGUCGUUCAUGCUCGGCCGCAUCAUAGUCAACACCGUCGACUGGUUUAUGAUGUGCUACAUGUUCACGGGCAUUUAUUUCCUCAUCUCUGAGCCAGAGAUAAAUUAUUUCGCGUGGGUCAUCCCCGACCUGCUCGUGGCGUGGGUCGCCUCUGGCUGGGGCUACCUCAUCGCCGGCGUGUACUUUGAUUGCCGGUGUCAGGGGGGGCGACUCCCUCUGAAGACCCACGGCUUGGAGUGCAAAGGGACGCUCGGGGACAUCACCUUCAGGACAAUCCACAGCAGAUGCAGAAGGACCGACGAGCCCAAGCCGCUGAAGAUCAGGCGCACCAUCACCACGAGGUGCAGCAGGCGCGGAAUGGCGACCAGCAUGUUGAUCGCACAGAGGGUCACGAGCAUCCCGCACAAGAGCGUGCACACCAGGGCGCGCUUGGCGGGGGCCUCCCGACGCGUGCGGCUCGCUUGA